AUGUCGGGAAAUUUGCCUCUUCGGGACUCGCACUGUCACGCGAUUCUGGUUCUCGUCGCGUCGCUCUUCGCGCUGUCGCUCGCCGUGUCGCAGACCGUCGCCGAGUCCGCUUUCAGUUCGCAGAAGAGGCUCAUCGCUUCGGGUGAUAACCAACAGCAGCAGCAGCAGCAUGAGGAUGGGAACGCAACUACUCUGCAAGCAGGACCAGGCAUCCCCAUCGAUCCCUCGCGCAUCACUCGCCUGUCAUGGGAGCCGAGAGCCUUCCUGUACUCGGGCUUUCUUUCCUAUGAGGAGUGCGACCACCUCAUCAACCUCGCCCGGGACAAGGUGACACGGUCAUCUGUAGCAGACAACCAGUCGGGCAAGAGCGUGCUGAGUGAGAUCCGCACGAGCUCAGGCACGUUUCUGAACAAGUAUCAAGAUGAUGUGGUCAAGUGCAUAGAGGAACGCAUUGCUGCUUGGACCUUCCUCCCAAAAGAGCACGGUGAAGCCAUUCAGAUUCUCAAGUACGAGAUCGGGCAGAAGUACGAGGCUCACUUUGACUAUUUCUUUGACUCAGUCAACACACAGAUAGGCGGGCACCGGGUGGCAACGGUGCUCAUGUAUCUCACCACGGUGGAGGCAGGAGGGGAGACCGUGUUUCCCAAUGCACAGCCCAAGCCUGCGAUGGACGCCACUGCAUCUGACUGUGCAAACAGAGGCCUAGCAGUCAAGCCCCAGAAGGGAGAUGCACUGCUCUUCUACUCCCUCCACCCGGACGGCACCACGGACCAGUCAUCAUUGCACGCCAGCUGUCCCGUCAUCCGCGGAGAGAAGUGGUCGGCAACCAAGUGGAUCCACGUGCGGUCCUUUGAGGCCCGCCCCCUGGCGCACGGUUGCGAGGAUUUGAACCCUAAAUGCGAGGAGUGGGCGGCUCUGGGCGAGUGUAAAAAGAACCCAGCGUAUAUGCUUGGGGAUGGGGCGUACACUGGGAAUUGUAGAAAAGCUUGGCUGGCGGCGGUCACGGUGGGGCUGGGCCCUGACGCCAGUCAGUACCUCGAUCGCAUCGUGCCAGAGGUGCUCAAGUCGUUUUCGGAUUCGGACAGCCGAGUGCGCUACUACGCCUGUGAGGCGCUCUACAACAUCGCCAAGGUGAUGCCCUAA